AUGAAUGCUGCUACAUUCUUACUUUCCCUUUUAAGCAUAUUACUCUCUUUUGCUCAUCCUUUAGCCCAUGCAGAGACUCAUUACCAUGACUUCACUGUCGAACAAACAUCGAUAACGAGGCUUUGCUCGACUCGCAACAUAAUCACGGUAAACGGGCAUUUCCCGGGCCCUACAAUCGCAGUUCGAAACGGAGAUUCGUUGGUCAUUAAAGUCACCAACAGGGCUCCGUACAACGUUACUCUCCACUGGCAUGGAAUACGUCAGAUGAGGACUCCGUGGGCCGAUGGGCCCGAAUAUGUGACCCAAUGCCCGAUAAAGCCCGGCUCGACUUACACGUACCGUUUCAAGAUAGAGGAUCAAGAAGGCACGUUGUGGUGGCACGCGCACAGCAAAUGGCUAAGAGCCACGGUUUAUGGGGCGCUCGUUAUAUACCCCAAGUUGGGAGCCUCAUAUCCUUUCCCGUCUCCCAAAAUCGACAUGCCUCUUAUUCUUGCAGGGGAAUGGUGGGACCGGAACAUUGUUGACGUUUUAAGACAGGCGCUGUUUACAGGUGCUGCUCCGAAUAUUUCAGAUGCAUACACGAUUAACGGGCAACCAGGCGAUCUAUACAGAUGCUCGAGCCAAGGCACGGUGAAAAUACGAGUCAACUCGGGUGACAAAAUCCUCCUCCGGGUCAUCAACGCCGCACUCAACCAGCAGCUCUUCUUCUCGGUUGCUGGCCACCGCCUGACCGUGGUAUCCAUCGACGCAGCCUACACGAAGCCCUCGAAAUCGGACUUCAUCAUGUUGGGCCCUGGCCAAACUACGGACAUUCUCCUCACGGCUGACCGAACUCCCGCCCGAUACUAUUUGGCUGCCCGAGCCUACGCCUCAGCCCCAAACGUCCCCUUCGACAACACAACCACAACCGCCAUCCUCGAGUACUCGGGCGCGGGCCCCACGACCCGACGACCCGUCUUUCCCCAUCUCCCCGCUUUCAAUGACACGUCCUCCGCCACCGCAUUCUCGACCAGGCUCCGUGGCGCCGCCGCGUCAUCGACCCGGGUCGUCCCGACCCGGGUCGACGAGAGCCUCGUCUUCACCGUGGGGUUAGGGCUCGUGAACUGCACACCCGGGCCCACGUGCAUGGGCCCGAACGGGACUCGGUUCGCAGCGAGCAUGAACAACGUGUCGUUCGUGCUCCCGAACACGACUUCCCUGCUGCAGGCCUACUACGGAGGCGUGCAGGGGGUCUUCACGACAGACUUCCCGGGCAGGCCUCCCGUGGCUUUCGACUACACGGGGAAGAAUAAUGUGAGUCGGGGGCUUUGGCAGCCGAGUUUCGGGACGAGGCUGUACAUGCUCGAGUAUGGGUCAAGCGUGCAGGUCGUGUUGCAGGGCACGUCGAUAUUCGCGGUCGAGGACCACCCGAUACAUCUGCACGGCUACCAUUUUUUUGUCGUGGGGCAGGGGUUCGGGAAUUUCGACCCAAAAAGGGAUACGGGUAGGUUCAACCUGAAGGACCCACCGGUUCGAAACACGAUCGAUGUCCCGGUUGGCGGGUGGGCCGUGAUUCGUUUCGUGGCGGAUAAUCCAGGAGUUUGGUUGUUCCAUUGCCAUAUAGAUUCACAUCUAACAUGGGGAUUGGGAAUGGCAUUCUUGGUUGAGAAUGGUAAAGGGGAAUCGGAGUCGAUCGAGCCGCCUCCGGCAGACCUGCCACAGUGCUAA